AAUAGUUUUUUUAUUGAGCAACACUGUAUAAGGAUUCUCGGAGUUAGGGUAGGCGGGUGAUCGGCAUUUAUUAAGGGUCGUUGUUUGAUGUGAGAAAUGCGAACAUAUUAAGUGGUUCAUUGCAGCAAGUUCUUUCUUCAUGUAAAUAUCUCCUUGCACCGCGAUGGCACCUGCGAUGGUGUUGUGUGAUAGCUAGACCGGUUAGGUUAUACUGGAAGGAAUGUGAGCCCAGCGCCAGUGCACUCCGCUUCGCCGGUAGUUACGCUGAUGCUGUCACCUCUCUGUCUAUUGAGCUGCCUCAGUAAUAAGAUAUGCGAUCGUUCGGUCCUUGUGACGAAGGGAUACAAAAUUCUUUAAAAGUGGAGUAUCGCCCGGCUGCCGGUGUGAAAGGGGAGACGCUCUUUCUGUUCCCCCGGCUGGAUGCCGCGGGACACCUUCUCCGGGAGAGGUCCUGCAUCUCCAGCUGCCGGGACCAUGACGGAACCUAAAGAACACUUUCAGAAGCGCUUCCAGGCCGCCGUAGAUGUCAUCCAGAAGUUACCUAAAAACGGUGUCUACAGGCCUUCCUAUGAUGUCAUGCUACGCUUCUAUGGCCUGUACAAGCAGGCAGUAUGUGGUCCCUGCAGAGCAUCCCGGCCUGGGUUCUGGGACCCUGUUGGCCGCUACAAAUGGGAUGCUUGGAGUCGCCUGGGGGAAAUGAGUAGUGAGGCUGCCAUGACGGCAUAUGUGGAGGAGAUGAAGAAGGUGGCAGAAGAGGUCAGAGGAAGUCGCUACACUGAUUCUCUGAAUUUCAGCAUGUCUGUGGGACAGGGGUUGAUCAACAACAUUCCAGUGAAUGAGAAGACUGCUUCCCUGUUCCACUACUUUGAGCCACUGUAUCUUGUCAUCCAUGACAUGCCUCAACCACCAGAGGCACUACUCAGUCUCAGGGCAGAGCUGGAAGGGAGUGUUCAGACUGCCACUCCAGCAGAUGCAGAGUUGAAAAAGACUGAAGAGGAGACCACAAGUAGACGAGAUGACUAUCCCAGGAAUGGCAGUGCUCUUCGUGAACCUGCCUCCCCUGAAUACUUAGUGGCAACAAGUGAUUCUGAGAACGAGAUCUUCUGCGAUUCAUUCGAGCAGCUGGAUCAGAAUAAGGCAACACAAGUGGGAGCUGGACAAGGUGGAGAAGGAGCAGGGGAAAGAUGGGGUCCACCAAAGAAAGGCAAGAGUUUGGGCAGGGAACCACACCAUAGAUGGAGGGAAGAGAUGCGAGGCAGACCACACGGCAGAAUGCAGCAUGCUAACGAGGGGGCCUCUGGAAAUGGAGAUGAAGAUGGGGACAGAUGGGAGGGUGGUCCAUCAGGACAGCGUGAGAUGCAGAUGCAGCAGGAGAUCAUCUUUGCUCUGCGGCAGUUGCAGGAGGACAUGCGCAGUGUGAUGGAACGACUGGAGGCUGUGGAGAGGCUAACUGCUGCACAGACUCAGGGCAUGGAUUGGAGGUCUACUGACCAUCUGUCAGCAAGUGGUAUGGAGGAACGGUGGUGGUCACCAUUCAGCAUGUCUUCCCGUGCAGCAUUGCUUCUGCUGCUUUGGCCCUGUGUUGUCCAUUGGCUGAUGUUCCUGUUGCGUCGGAGAUACAGGAAAUGAGUUUUGAUGGCUAUAAAUAAUUAUCUGGUGAAUUCUCUUAAUUGAUUUUCUGUAAGCUGGAGAAAUAUUCUGCAUAAUUUGUUUAACCGUUAGGUCUCAUUCUGUACAUUUUUUAAUUUAUUACCAUAAAAUCAAAAACAAUGCUUUUUCAUAGUUAUGGAACCAGCAAAAGUAAAAAAUGGUCUUCCAUAUGUUUUUAUAUAUAGUAGCUAUAACGAAGUUAACCUUCCACAUGUACUAAGGAGGAUAUCCUGAUUCAACACCUCAGCCAUAAAUUUUUGUGAGACAGAGGGCACCUAAUAUUUCUGAAUUUGUGGGCUGCUGAAGUUCCAAAACUUCAUUAAAAGCUGCACAGGAUAUUUUGAAUGUACUUUGUUCUCUGCUGUUCAGUUAAUUAAAAAGACUGGUACCAAAGUA